GAAUUCAACACAAAAAAAAUCCUGCUCGACUUGAUUGGUGAGCAGCUCGCAUAUAUUCGUAUCGCCAGUGGCAAACAACCACAGGAAGCCUUAAAUAUCUUCGACUAGGUUAAACGCACUCACACUGAACAGGACCGAGCAGGCGCGUGGCACAUUUCUUUUGAGGAAAAGAUUUUUUAAGAAGUUUUUAGUUUAAAAAAAAAAAAAAAAAGAUUCUCAAAGAUGUCUGUUUUACCCGACGAGGCGGUGUUUUCUGACUUCAGAAAGCAGUGUCUGUCCACGGACAAUUGGUCAAGCAAGUAUGAUAAGCAUGGGAUGCAAGUGUGGGUCCAUGCUUCUCCACCAAAAAAAGGAAAUCACGUCCACAAGAUCAAGUGUAAAAUGACGAUCAAAGAUGUAUCGGCUGCCACCAUGUACGACGUCCUUCAUGAUGGCCAGUACCGUAAGCAGUGGGACCCCGCCAUGUUGGACAGUUAUGACAUUGCCCGCCUCUCUGACAACGCCGAUGUGGGCUACUACUCAUGGAUUUGUCCGAAGCCCAUAAAGAACAGAGAUGUGGUGAGCCUGCGUUCGUGGCAGGUGACGGAGGACGAGUACAUCAUUGUUAACUUCUCAGUCAAACACCCGAAAUACCCUCCUCGCAGCGACAUUGUGAGAGCCAUGUCCAUCCUCACUGGAUAUUUGAUCAAGCCCAUAGGACCAAACAGCUGCACUUUUAUAUACCUUUCACAAGCUGACCCCAAAGGUUCUCUUCCAAAGUGGGUGGGAAACCAGGCUUCUCAAGUUCUCGCUCCUCGGGUGAUGAAGUGUGUACACAAGGCGGGACAGAACUACCCAGAGUGGAAACUGCAGAACUCUCCCAAACGGAAGCCCUGGUUGCACCCGGACCAGAGCACCCUGCCCACGAUGGACCCCAAGGAACUGUCGAUGCAGAGAGCAGACUCGCUAGAAAACGUGGACGAGAGUUCCAAGAUGGCCGCUCAGGACAGCGAGGACAGCAGUUAAAUCUUAUCAAGGUGAUGUGAGGAAGGGUAGAUGAAGUGAUAUUGGAGGACAGGCUGUGUGUGUGUAUAUACUAACAAAUGUAAUAAGACUUGAGACCUCCGACUCUCUGUGAUGUUACCCUAAUGCUCAUAAAUAUUUAUCUGGUUUUCCAAAUCCGUGUGCCUUUUUGGGAUGAGCAUGAAGUGUUUACAGCUGUCUUACCAGACGGAAAGGAGCACAGAUCAAGUAGCCAGUCACCUCAGUCCAUGUUGAACUAAGCUAAACAUCUCUCCAGUAUUUGCCGCAGGGCUUUUAAAAACAUUUUUUACAUUGUAAUGGCUUAGAGGUGUCAGGGUUUGAACGUGUCAGUUACAUCACUACAUUCACGAUGGGUCCUCUGUCCGGCCUUUUUUUUUUUUAAGUUGUAGCUAUGUAAAAAACGCAUGAACCAAUUUUAAAUGAAGAAAUAAAGGGUAGUUAUCCACUUUGCCUUUUUACAAGUGACAGUGAAUGGAAAAGAUGAGUUACUGUAAGUGGUGAAAGUGGAGUGAAGGGAAAUUAUUGACUUUCUUUGUUAAAUCACAUGUCAAUAGUUUAGCAUGAAACCUAAUAUGGUCAACCUUUUUUAAUCUGUUUGGCUUAAUGGAAGAAGAAGAAGAAGAAAAAGAAGACUUCACUGUCACUACAGAAGCUACUGAUUUAUGUUUGUUUUUAAAUGUGAAAAUUGUGUUUGUUUUUAAUGGCAACCAUUUUAAUUAAUUAAUAUUUUAUUUAGUCACGAUGAGCAUCUAUGCUGUGUUUCUAUCAUUGUGUAAUACAGGAAGACGGUUUGAAGGUUCAUUGUAAUGCAAUGUAAUUCUUAAUCUAAGUUAUACAGACCUGAGACUUGCAUUGGCACUCGAGGGGAUCAGUUGUUCUGAGAAUGAAGGUCUGGUUAUGUUGUAUUAACAUGUGAAUGGCAAUUCAUUUUGUCAGUUGAAUAUGACUUUACUUGAAGGAUUGGACUGACCAUAAAGAAUAUAUUUUGCUUUAUUUAUUGUUUUUUUUGUUGUAAGUUCAGAAGUAAUCAUGAUUUAGAGAACCCCCCCCUCCCCCUGGAAUAAAGCCCUGCAGGCUGAACUCGUUUCGGUUUUCUUGAAGAUA